UUGCAAAGGUAACAUAAAAACAAGGUAAGUUUUUUCACAAGAUUACGUACAUGCUGUUAGGAAUAUGCAAAUUCAAUGACAUUGCAAGCCGGGCAAUUAAUUUAAUUUUAUUAUUCUGUUAACAGAAUAUUAAGUAUGAUCAAUUUUCUCUAGAGAGGAAAUUGCUAAAUUGCUUCCUAAUGUGUAAAGUGAAAUCAACUCCUUUGGGGAUUGAUUCUAUAACUAGGCACUUUGAUUUUUAUAAUGCUAAAGUAGGUACUUAAUGAUUGUUUUAGUAUGAUUUCCAUUUUUUUUCUUUGCGCCCUUUGCGUAAUUCAGCAUUGCUAUGCUUUUUCUGGCGGUGCUCCAGAUUUGAUGUGCGAUGAUAUGCUGCCUCUGCAUAUCGUACCGCCUCAACACAACAAGCAUCCUUAUAAAAUCAGCGUCAAUCAAACUGAGAUAAAAGCCGGAGAAGCAGUUGAAAUAGAAAUUGCUGGAGACAAGUUCAAAGGCUUGAUGAUGGAGGUGAGAAGAAGAAAGGAUGCCACAGGAAAGUUCUUGCUGGAUGAGGAAGAAAACGAUUUUAAAACCAUUAAUUGCCAUCGUGGUAAAAAAAAUACUCUUACGCAUCAAAAUAACGCCAAUAAAAAGAAUAAAAAAAUUGUAUGGAAGUCCCCGAAUGUUCCAGGGAAAUAUACCAUUUAUGCCACAAUAGCCAAAGAUGGAUUCGUUUUUUGGACAAAAAUUCCAGCAGCUGAAAUAACUGUAGAAUAA